AUGGUCUGUCCGGCUGCCCCCGCGCUACUCCUGGCCAUGACUCUCCCCCUUGUGGGGUCACCAGUUGCCCGAGCAUUCCAACCUGGGCCCAGUCAGGCAGGAGGAGAAUCUGGGCAGCCACUGGACCAAGGAAGUGGAACAGGCGAAUCAGUCCUGGUCUCGGUCUACGUACAGCUGGACUUUUCAAAUAAGACCUGGCUAAGAGCACUCUCCAGGAACCUGACUCUGCCCCCUGCCUCAGCUUCCUUUGCCCCAGGAACUCUCACUGGCUUCGGCCUCACGACAGAGUGUGAUGUCAAGCCCGACGGGUCUAUCCAUUGUGCUUGCCUGUCUGGAUACCAGUGGAAUGCCAGUGUCUGCUCGCGUCACCAUCCUUGUCAAGCCACCUACUACCCCAGGCCCUGCGACUGUCUUGUCUUCAGCCCUCCUGAAUCUGGGUACUGCCAGUUGCUGCCACCUGGUGAUCCCGUCUCCUGCCUCCCUGCAGUCCCGGGCACCCUGAGCCUGAACACCUGGCUGCAGAUGCCUGGCAACACGCUGAACCUGACCCUCCUCACGAGCCAGGAGACCACCAACCUGCACUGGUUCCUGCGGCGGAGCACAGGGAGCCCCAGACCGAUCCUCCUGCAGCCAGGGACACAUGUGUCCCUGACGUCUAGACAGGGCCAGGCUGUCCUCAGCAUCUCCAACAUCUCCCAUAAGUGGGAAGGGAAGUACAUAUGCUGCUUUGAGGCCCAGGGAUUCACGUGGGAGCUGUACCAGGUGGUGAGAGUGCCCCUGCAGGCGGCAGAUGUGGCUCAACUUCCAGACCAGCUCUCCGUCUCCUGCGCCACCUCCCCUGGCUUCCAGCUGAGCUGCUGCAUCCCCCACACAUACCUGGGCUACACGGCUUCCUGGAGCCCCGGAGAGGGCAGCGAAGCCUCCUUAUUCAACACGCCAAGUGACCAGUGCCUUGUGCUGUCCAUUCAGCACUGCCCUGCAGCUGACACCAUAUACACUUGUGACCUGCAGAGCCCAGGACUGACCCCUCUCAGGGUCCCCGUCUCUGUGACCAUCAUCCAGGACGGAGACACUACCUGCCCUGAGGACUCCUCAGCUGUUGCCUGGAAUGUCACCAAGGCUGGCCACGUGGCACAGGCCCCCUGUCCCGUGAACAGGACGGGCAUGGUGAAGAGGCCUUGUGGGCCUGAUGGGGUCUGGGGGCCCCCCCACAGCAGCUGCACAGACACGGGGCUCCUGGCCUUGCUUCAGAGAGCCCAGCUGCUGUGGGCAGGCCAGGGCUGGCCUGCUGAAGAGGUGCCACAGAGCCUGGCACAGCUGCUGGAGCAGACGGCGGUGGUGAGCUCACCCUCUGACUUAUUGGCACUGGUGGGCACCAUGACAUUCCUGGCCAAGGUGGUGUCAGACACCAGAAUACAGCUUCACCGCAGUGCCCUAAAGGCUCUCCUGAAAACCACUGACAAGGUCUUAGACCUGGACGCCGGUUCUCUGUGGACGCCGGCCCGGGCCCAGAAGCCCUCAGCGGGCUCAGAUCUCCUGCUGGCUGUGGAGACCCUGGCAAGCUGCCUGCACCCACAGGAUCACCCCUUCACCUUCCACCUGCCCAACGUGCAGCUGCAGACCCAGCUCCUGAGACCCACGUCUCCUGCUGACUACAGCGUCUCCUUCUCCACUCAGCCCCCACUGCAGGCACAGAUCCCCAGACGCACGCUCACCCCGCUGCUUACUGGUAACAGCAACAUCACGAUCACUAGCUUGGUGCUGCGAAAACUGGACCACCUUCUACCUUCGAACUAUGGACAAGGGCUGGGGGACUCCGUCUAUGCCACCCCGGGUCUGGUCCUCUCCAUCUCCAUCAUGGCGGGUGGCCAGGCCUUCAGCCAGGGAGAAGUCAUCAUGGACUUUGGGGACAGAGAUAACACCCUUCACUGUGUCUUCUGGGACCACCAUCUUUUCCAGGGCAAUGGGGGCUGGUCAGAUGAAGGGUGCCAGGUGCAGGCAGCCAAUGCCAGCGCCAACGCUCAGUGCAUCUGUCGGCACCUCACUGCCUUCUCCAUCCUCAUGUCCCGACGCACUGUUCCAGAAAACCCCACCCUGGACCUGCUGAGUCAGGUGGGCUUGGGGGCCUCUAUUUUGGCACUGCUUGUGUGCCUGGGGGUGUACAGGCUGGUGUGGAGAGUCGUGGUCCGGAACAAGGUUGCCUACUUACGCCACACAGCCCUGCUUAACGUGGUGCUCUGUCUGCUGGCCGCAGACACCUGCUUCCUGGGAGCCCCGCUGCUUCCCCCAGGUCCCCAAAGCCCACUCUGCCUGGCUGCUGCCUUCCUCUGUCAUUUUCUCUACCUGGCCACCUUUUUCUGGAUGCUGGCUCAGGCCCUGAUGUUGGCCCACCAGUUGCUUUUCGUUUUCCAUCAGCUGUCCAAGCUCCGAGUACUCUCCCUGAUGGUGGUUCUUGGCUACCUGUGCCCGAUGGGGUUUGCAGGUGUCACCCUGGGCCUCUAUCUACCUCGAGGGCAAUACCUGGGGGAGGGGGCGUGCUGGUUGGAUGGGAAGGGAGGGGCCCUCUACACCUUUGUGGGGCCGGUGCUGGUCAUCGUGGGCUUGAACGGGCUGGUACUGGCCAUGGCCAUGCUGAAGUUGCUGAGACCUUCACUGUCAGAAGGACCCCAGGUGGAGAAGCGCCAAGCCCUUCUGGGGGUGAUCAAAGCCCUGCUCGUUCUCACACCCAUCUUUGGCCUCACCUGGGGGCUGGGCCUGGCCACUCUGCUAGAGGAAGUCUCCGUAGUCCCUCACUACAUCUUCACGAUCCUCAACAGCUCGCAGGGUAUCUUCAUCUUGCUGUUUGGUUGCCUUAUGGACAAGAAAGUACAAGAGGCUUUACUCAAACGCUUCUGCCGUGCCCAACUCCCCAGCUCCACCAUCUCCCUGGCCACAAAUGAAACCCAUAUCCUGGAACACAGCAAAGGAAAAAGUGAAAACCCCAGGUGA